AAACCCAUCCUCAGAAGGACUCCUGGUUUUGUUUAGCUGCAUGUUCUCUUGGAUCAAAGCUCGGACUGAAGCGGGUCUACAUCCGAAUCAGCUUCUGUUGCCUUUUUUAAGCAUGUUUGCCAAACGUUUGAUGGCAGGAAAGACCAAGACGGCUGGAUUUCAGGAAAAAAUGGAAGUAGCACUGGAAAACGGGAAAUGACAUAGGGGAGAAGCUUUUUCUGGUGGGCCAGAUCAAGAGAACGUCAACUUGAAGUGAAGAAGGAACAUCUGGCCAGGGCAGUUCUAGAAGGUGGGGUAGUUGGAAUAUCAGAACUGAACAUUCUCCUCUCCCAUCCAGGAACAUUCCAGCUUCCUUAGAUCUGACUUCCAUUUGACAUCUUUGCUUUUCCCAGGCUAUUGCAAAAUUCUUUCAGAAGGACCAGUAGAUGGAAAGGAACCUCCUGUAAGGUUUUCACUGGGAUAUUUCCUCCUCCGCUCUUUGUAAAUAGCGUAUUAGUUUAUUUUCUUGAGGUGGAAAAUGUGGACUGAUGUGCUGGCAUGUGGGAUCUGAGGUGCAGUGAUGUUGGACUUUUGGGCUUAAAUUGCUGGUGGAUUUGAGUUUUUUGGGAUUUUUUUUACCGAAGGUGGACUUGCAGCGAUCAAACAUGGAGAGGAUGCCACGCAGUUGACACUUGGUGAUUACCUCUUUUUGGCCCCUUCUUUCUUUGACUGACUAUUGGCGACCGGUAGGAACAUCUACAGUGGUUGUCAUGGAAGCUGGCGGUAACCAUGUCAGUGGGGCUGAAUGGACACCGGAGUGGCCCUUCCAGUCGUCCUCUUACUACGAACCCUGUGGAUGUGCCGAUGGAGUGGGGAACUACAAUAUUGCGAACAAUGUCAGCGUUCCUGGACCCCCAGACUCUAGAUCCCAGAAUUCCUUGCGGCAGAGCUGGGAAAUGAACUACCAGGAAGCAGCGAUAUAUCUGCAGGAAGGGGAGAAUAACGAUAAGUUUUAUACUCACCCCCGGAGCCCGCGGGCGCUGAGCGCGUACCUGUUUGCCCAUAAUCACCUGUUCUACCUGAUGGAGCUGCUGACCGCUGCUCUGCUCAUGCUCCUCUCUCUCUCUGAAGCCCCUGCAGUGCCCUCCCUCAGACUGGACGUCUAUGUUCAUGCCACUCUGGAGCUGCUGGCGCUGGUGAUGGUGGCCUUUGAGCUGUGUAUGAAACUCAGAUGGCUCGGCUUUCACACGUUCAUACGACACAAGAGAACCAUGGUUAAGACGUGUGUGUUGUUCAUCCAGUUCAUCGAGGCGAUCGUGGUCCUGGUGCGGCAGACGUCUCACCUCCGUGUGACUCGGGCUUUAAGACCCAUUUUCCUUGUGGACUGUCGCUACUGUGGAGCCGUACGCAGAAACCUGCGCCAGAUCUUCCAGUCACUCCCUCCUUUCAUAGAUAUUCUUCUUCUUCUGCUGUUCUUCAUGGUCAUCUUCGCUAUUCUCGGCUUCUGCCUGUUUUCAACCAAUCCAGCUGACCACUAUUUUAACACGCUUGAGAACAGCAUCGUAAGCUUGUUUGUGUUGCUGACUACGGCAAAUUUCCCUGACGUCAUGAUGCCGGCGUACUCGCGCAAUCGCUGGUCGUGUGUUUUCUUCAUUGUUUAUCUCUCCAUCGAACUCUACUUCAUCAUGAACCUGCUUCUGGCUGUGGUCUUCGACACCUUUAACGGCGUGGAGAAGGUGAAGUUCAAGUCCCUCCUUUUGCACAAGCGCUCCGCCAUCGAACACGCCUUCCAGCUGCUGGUUAGCCGUCAGAGGCCUGAUGGAGUCUCGCUAAAACAGUUUGAUGGUUUGCUACGUUUCUAUCGACCACGAAUGAGCGCACGCGACCGUUUCCUCACCUUCAAGGCCCUCAACCAGUCAGGAACCACCAUGCUCAGCCUCCAGGACUUUUAUAAGAUCUAUGAGGUGAUGGGCCUGAAAUGGAAGGCGCGGCGUAGUGGGGAACACUGGUUUGAUGAUCUUCCUCACACGGCCUUCCUCAUUUUCAAAGGGAUCAAUCUUGUGGUGAAGUCCAAAGCUUUUCAGUACGCGAUCUAUAUUGUUGUAGCAGUUAAUGGAGUCUGGAUUCUGGUGGAGACCAACAUGUUAAACAGUGACUUUUCCUGGUCUCAACAAGUACCAUGGAACUACAUCGUCUUCCUUACAAUUUAUGGCGUGGAGGUUCUGUUGAAGAUCACUGGCCUCGGCCCAGUCGCUUAUUUCAGCUCUGGCUGGAACCUGUUUGAUUUCUCUGUGACUGUCUUUGCCUUUCUGGGUUUGAUUGCUCUGGCCUUCCAGAUGGAGCCUUUCUACUUCAUCGUGGUGCUGAGGCCUCUGCAGCUUCUUCGGCUGUUUAAAAUCAAGCAGCGUUACCGGAACGUGCUGGACACCAUGUUUGAGCUGUUCCCACGCAUGGCCAGUCUAGGUUUGACUCUCAUCAUCUUUUAUUACUCUUUCGCCAUCGUCGGGAUGGAGUUUUUCGCUGACGUCAUCUAUCCCAACUGCUGCAAUACAAGUACAGUUGCUGAUGCAUAUCGCCAAAUCAACGUAACCAUCGGCAACCGCACGGUCCUGGAGGAGGGGUACUACUAUCUCAACAACUUCAACAACAUUCUCAGUAGCUUUGUGACCCUGUUCGAGUUGACCGUCGUCAAUAACUGGUACAUUACUAUGGAAGGUGUGACAUCACAGACGACGCAUUGGAGCCGACUGUACUUCAUGACCUUCUACAUUGUCACCAUGGUUGUCAUGACGAUUAUUGUGGCCUUUAUCCUUGACGCCUUUGUGUUCCGGAUGAACUACAGUCGGAAGAACAGAGAACCGCUAGACGACCCGGAAGAUGAGAAGGGUAUCGUGUUCGAAGCGGAGGUCACUCGUGCUGAAGCUUUGCAGACGUUGGAACUUUAUAAGCACUCGCUCGCUGGAACCAGCAUCAGCUCUCUACAGGAAAUGUGUGUUGCCAUGGAGAGGAGUGGGCACUCUAGUUUAGUGUUCCUGGGCCGGAGGUCACGGACUAAAAGUGAUCUGAGCAUGAAGAUGUACGAAGAAGAGAUCCAGGAAUGGUACGAAGAAUAUUCCAGAACAAAUCUACCUCAACUUGACAGUACGCUCCACAGAGACCUGGACAGCCCUGACCCCUUGCAGAGCAUCAACUAACACGCGCAGACACCAACGUAACUCAUCUGACGUCAGAUGCUCCUUGUUUAAACGGACCUUUAAUAGUCCCUCAUGAGCCGUUAUUUUUAGAGAAACCUUACUGUCACAUUCAGACACACAGAUGAAGGACUUUGUGGCCGUCUUCCUCCAGCUUGUAAGGGAUGCAGCGUGUUGCCGGUCCAUGCCGGAUGGACCUCCACACAGGACGAACCUGAAGACAAACUAGUAAUUUUGAUGUUGAUCAAAAAGUUCUCCUUGCUGGGACACAGCUUGGUCAGCUUGGUUGUUGCCAUGCCAACACCAGAGACAACAGUGACUGGUGGAGUGAGUUCAUGUUGCCAGCAAAAGUUAGCAAGAAUGUCACAAAAAAAGUGUGAUAUCAUCAACUAACGCACUCGGACGCCAAUGUAACUCAUCUGAGGUCAGAUGCUACUUCUUCACACGCACUUCUAAUAGUCCCUCAUGAGGCGUUAUUUAUAGAGAAAACACAUUCAGGCACGCAGGUGAAGGACUUUGUGGCCGUCUUCCUCCAACUUGUAAAGGGAAUGCAGUGUUGCUGGUCGCUAUAGCAACAACUCAAUGCUGUAGUCUCCAUCUGUGUCCUGGUCACACCUAACAUUAUGAGCAUUAGCCAAUAGGAAGCCUUAUUUCCCUCCUUCACAACCUUACGGUUCCGCGACCAAUCAGGGAAGCUUGAAGACCAAUCAUGUGAUUGCACUAGGGUCCAGGAACCACUGUCCUUUUCACCCCACCUUUUGAAGCACAUCCCAUGACCCGUGAAGGAUUGACCUGAGAGAUUACUGGACAUAGCGAGGGCUGACCCCCGACACUCUCGGAUCAAACACAAGCACCGAGAUUUAUUAUUUGUGUUAAUUGACUGAAUUUGACGCCCCUUUUACUGCUGCUUUUGUUGCAAGAUUGGGACCUGAUAAUUAUUAUUACUAUUAUUAUUAAUUUUAAUAUACUGUACAUAAAGCAUAGAUCUAACCAUAGUGGCGAGAUGGAGACUGUUCUCGUUCUGUUAGCCGUCUUUCAGAUCUGUCUGGUGAUACCGAAGUUCUCAUUGUAAGAAUCCAGCAGCUUUGUCACAUUGAAGGUCUAUUCAUUUUUUAUUUUUAUUUUAUUUUUAUUUGAUUGGUUACACUUUAUUUUGAGAUUCCACUAUAGAUCGUUCAUCGUUAACUUGCUCUCUGGUCAGUUUUGGGAUUAACUUCCAAAAUAUUUUCACUCAGCAGUCCAGAAAGUCCAUAUAUGGAAACUAAGCUGUAUAAACAUUUGGAUUUCAUUGUUUUUGUGACGUCACAAAAACCAACACAUUUACCUACGUACUCCUAUACAUACACCCAGCCCCACCCACUUACCUUGAAGUAGAAGGAGGGUUUCAUCCUGGGCUGCUUUUUGAAUGAGGCACAAUACAGGGCAGGGAAUUGCAAUGGAGCUCAUUUGCAUGUAUCCAUCUUAAAAGGACAGUAACAAAAAGCAGCCGGUUUAAUUCUAAGGGAUAAAGCGAGGUUGGAAAAUUGUCAUAAAAAUUGUUUUUGAUCCAUAAAAAAAAUUAUACGAAUGCAAAGAAUAUAUAAAAUAUGUAGCCUUUAGAGACAACAAAGCAUCUACAGUGGACUCUCAGAAUAAAAUGUUAAUUUUUUUCUUUUUACUUGAAGCAAUAUUCUUGAGCCAAGUAAGCCUAAUCGUAAACCUACAGUUAGCAUGAACCUGAACGAUUGUUAAUGGGGCACUCCAGACAGACAGACUAGGAAAACUCCCGUCUGAUGAUGCGUCUUGAAGGUGGGAGCAGCUGUUGAAAAACUGUAACAACUAUGGGGUGUAGUUUUGCGGGCUGUUCGAAUUGUUUUCUUGCUUCCUAGCAGUAACCUUGGCUAUCUGGCUUAAUUUUUUGUAGCAAAAAAAAAAAAAAAA